AUGUUGAUCUGGUACCACGGGGCGAUCAGUCGAGGCGAAGCGGAGUCUUUAUUGACGUUGUGCAAAGAGAGUUCGUACCUGGUGAGGAACAGCCAGACGUGCUGCACUGACUACUCCCUCUCCAUCAGGAGCUGCAAAGGCUUUAUGCACAUGAAGUUCACGCAGACGGCAGACGGACGCUAUGUGCUGGGAGAGAACAGCCCUCCUUUCUGCACCAUCCCAGAAGUGAUCCACUACUACACCACUCACAAGCUGCCCAUAAGAGCCGCCGAGCACAUGUCCCUGCUCUAUCCAGUCAUCGUGCAGACGCUCUGA